AUGGCCCCGGGAAGUUGCUUUGCCUUUCUUCCCUCCAUCUGCAACGCCAUUACCCUGGUGUUGAUGUUCCUUAUCCUCUUCUCGGGGUUCAAUGGAAGGUUAACAGAGCUAUAUUGGCUAAGGAUUGACACAGCUGGCUUGUCGUCUCCGUCAAAGCUUGCCAGCUCCGACUUCUUAAACGCGCUCUCUACGGUUUCAGGGACCGAUUUUGUCGGGCCAAACAUCACUGCCUCGUCCCUCGGUCUUCCGGACUGGUCCAGCGUCCAUCUUCUCACCGAAUGUUCCCACUUCGCUGAUGGACGCGUCGAUUGCUCGAAGCCGCGCUACGGCUUCGAGUUCCUCCCUGACCGCGACCUCAAGCUCGAAAACACACCCCUAUCACUCAACCACUCCCAAGCCCUAACAGAUUCCCUGACGGCAUAUCACAAAGCGAGCCGCUUCCUCUCGGGCGCACACAUUAUCGCGGUCGUUGCGUCGAACCUCGCUCCAAUUGAGAGCUGCUUUUCGCCACUGUUGGCCGCCAUCACAAGUGGCAUCGCAUCGCUCAUCCUUUUCGCAGCAUCCGUCGCUUCCACCAUCAUCUUCCGCAACAUCAACAACGCCUGGAACGCCGAGUUUACGACCAACAACCUAACAAGCAGCGUCGGCAAUAUCCCAGUCGCCUUCGACUUCGCAGGCUCUGUCUUCACGCUGUUCGCCACCAUCUUCUACAUCCUCAACCACCGCGCUCAGUCCCGCAACAACCGAUCCGCGAGGAGCCGUCGGGUCGUGGCGCACAGCGUUGGCAAUGUUGACGUUGGCGCUGGCGGCGCAGCAGCCAGAGCAGGGGGCCGUCUCUGGGGCCGCAGCGACCACAAGUACGUGCAGAUUGAGGAGCAGCAGGCGCUCCAGGCGCACAGGGAUGGCGCCGGCUCGCCUGACAGCCUGGGAAAGCAGAGAAGGUUGGAUGAUGACUGGGCUGCGCCCGAUGAGUAUCACUCGGGCGGUGCGUCAAGCGGGGCGGCGAGCUCAGGCCCAAAUAUACCCCUGAUGACGCUGGGCGGCAACAAGCAGACAAAGGACUUGAAUACGGCAUAUGAGCCGUUUAGUGGACCAAGAUGA